GCCGCGCGAUGUUUGUCUUGUGCCGGAUCGCCGACGUCAUCCAGAUCGCGCCCGAGCUCUUCGGGACCGACUACUCGAGCGUGCUCACGGAAGAGAUCGACCGCAAGUACGCCAACAAGGUCAUCGCGGACGUUGGCCUCUGCAUCACGCUCUACGACUUCAUCGAGAUCGGCGACGCCUACAUCCACCCGUCCGAUGGCACGUCGCACACCGAAGUCGUCUUCCGCAUGGUCGUCUUCCAGCCGUUCAUCGGCGAAGUCUUGAAGGGCAAGAUCAUUAGCUGCACCGAGGAGCACAUUCGCGUCUCGAUGGACUUUGUCCAAGACAUUAUCAUUCCGUCGUACGCGAUGCAGACGCCGUCCUUCUUCGACAAGAACGAGCGGCUCUGGGAAUGGAAGUUUCCCGGCAAAGAAGACGAGCAAGACCCGUACUACAUGUACCUCCACGAAGAGGUCCGCUUCCGCGUCACCAACAUCAACUUUACGCGUGUGACCAAGACCGCCAAGGGCAUCCAAGCGACGGUCACCGAGGCCGCCGACAGUGCGUCGUCGCGCCGCCGGUCGUCGAGCGUCGACUUGUCGGAGCACGACCCGAAGCCGUCGGCCAUGCAGAUCAUCGGUACGAUCGACGAAGACGGUCUUGGUCUCUCGUCGUGGUGGAUCGAAGCAUAGAGAUAGAGUAAUCGAGUACUA